UCGAUGUCAGUUCGCAAAGAAGAAGUGAAGAGGAAUAUAGGCAAAAAGACAAAAUUCAGCAAUUCGUCGGAUUCAUUGCAAUUUUUAAGCACGUCAAUUUAGAAAAAAUAAUAGAUCAUCACAUCGUGAAAAAUAGAUAGAAGUUUUACGUUUCAGUUACCCUGCUGCAUAGUGCACCGAAAUAAUCAAAGAUGAAUUUCUCGGGACAUCCCAAAUCGAGAAACAUCCUUGAAGCGAUUAAUCCUUUAAUUAUAUUUAAUCGGAUGGCAGGACUCGGCACGUAUAGAAGACCAAAGCAAAGCGUCAGGUCAUAUUCCUUGGUUGUAAUGGGAACAGUGGUUAUGAAUAUAGCACAUUGCUCGGCGAUGUUUCAGGGAGUGAGAAUUUUAUUGAAAAAAUUAGACAACUUCUUUGAAACUUCACCCACGGCACUUGCCAUGGCUACGAGGAUGUUCGAAGCACUUGUGAUCGUAAACACAUCCAUCACCGUGAUUUCUAUUGUCAUAGUUUGGACGCAAAGAAAGGCGGUCCGUGAUUGCAUCUGGCAAAUGCCAUUGUUGGACUACAAAUUCAAGGGUAUAUCUAAAGCUUGGAACAAUUACGGAAAAUUUUAUAGGGUCGUAUUGGGCCAAGUCUGUGGGAUUUCUUUAUUUAUGGUAAUUAUCACGACCUACGACAGUACGUGGAUUUCGAAGUUCAGCGCUGAAGUAUAUGACUUCUUGGUCAUCAGCACAGCAUUUCAUCACCCGAUACUGAUCAUGCUACUGCUUGAUCUUAAUUUUUACACUCUUACAAGCUAUCUCGAACACAAGUUUCGAUACCUGAAUGAGUCUUUGCUGGAAUUUGUCGGAACCCGAAACACCAAUCCACAAGGACAACUGCAGAUCGUGAUGCCUGAGAUUUUUCUGCCGGCAUCCACAGCCAAUAAGCUGAAAAAUAUGGCAGUCAGAAAUGUCGCGAGAUACUACCGUAACUUGUUGGACGAAACCAGACAGGCUCACUUGGAACUCAGCAAGUUCGCUAGAAAAGUAAAUGCAACCUUUGGGAUCCAGAAUCUUGUUUCGAUGGGAGUCUCUUUUGCCAUGAUCACUGGAUUGUUGUACAAUUCUUACUUUAGUUUUCACUAUCAUAGUCAAUCAUCGCUGCGUAACGUGACCUAUUUCGAUGCCAUUUCACCUAUAUGGCUCGCCAUUUACAUUUUCAAAAUUUGGAGGAUUAAUUCAUCAUGCGGAAGAGUCUCUAGAGAGGCCCUAAAAACUGGACAAGUAAUUUAUGAAAUACUUACACUGACACUUGACAAUGAUCUUCAAAUGGAGAUCCGGAAAUUUUCACUACAAAUGCUCCAAAAUCCCACGCGUUUCGAUGCUUGUGGUCUUUUUACUCUAGAUUUUAGUUUGAUUCAAGGAAUGGUCGGAUCUAUAACAACUUACCUGGUCAUCCUCAUCCAAAUGAGCACCGCUGAUAUGCCAACCGUUGACAAUUCGGCAAACGAUACAGAAAUAUGAGAAAAUGUGAAUUACGCCUUAUCGUAGAGAUUCGUUUCAGAUUAAAUUUUUCCAGGUAUUGAAUAAUUUAUUUCAAUGAGCCAUCCGCACAUGAUCCUUCGCUUGAUAUAUUUUUACUUAUCGUAAGUGAACAGAAACACGCUGUGGUGAGAUCUCUCUAGAAUUCUUCAUUAAUCGAUGCUCGAGUUUAAUUAUAUCCGGUUAUUAUAUCGCGUUAGUAAUGCCAAAAAGAUGUAUCUCUAAAUAUACGCCCUUUAGGCGCUGCAGAGCUAUAUUUUGAGAUACGCCCUUUUAGCAUUAGUAACGCGAAUUAUUUCUAUUAACUUGAUGAACCUUAAUUGGCAGAUAAGGCUUAUACAUGCCUGCGUUUACGCUUAUCAAGCAUCUUUCAAAAUACGUGGCGAUUCUUAAAAUGAUAAUCACUCGUUACUUCGCAAUAACAAUUCCCAUUAUACGCAUUGGUAGUUUUUCAAUUCAUUUGCAUGCGAGAUUAUUUUAUGGCUCAUACAACGAUAUCAGCUUGAAGAGAAAUGUAUACGUUUCUCUUAAAGGCGACACCAAUCAACACUACAGAGAUAAAGCAAAAAAGGAAUAGCUGCUAGGAUUUCUGAAAAACUGAAUGAGUAACGAAGUGUAAAUUUUAGAUUUUUGAAAAAUGAUUUUCGGCGAAUUGAAAUCUAAAACUUUUUUCGACGUCUUGGUUCCUCUCGGUAUCGUUAAUUGGUUGACAGGAUUGGGAAUGUACCAAGCAUCGAAUCAAAGUAACUGUUCUUAUAUCUGUUCGUUGAUGAUGAUGGUUUCGAUCAAUUUUCUUCACUGGAUUUUCAUAUACAUCGGAGCGCAAAAAACUCUGCGUCAGUUGGACGAAGCUGCUAAGUUACCAAACUUUCCCGAUAAAAUGUUAAAGACACUCGUCAUUACGAACGUAAUCAUCGCGGUCAUUGCUCCGUUAUUACUGAUGUCGCGAAAAAAGUUGCUCACGGAACAUUGUCUCCAAAAAGUGGCGGCGUUGGAUGUUAAAUUUAGUAGGAUUUUCGGAGCGAAGAAUCAAUAUGGAAAACAGUAUCUUUGGAUUUUGUUUCAAAUUUUUCUCAUUUUCUUCGUUGUCUG